AUGCGAAAAGCGGAACUGUUCUCUCUUAUAGACAGUAAUCGUCCAAAGAAAAUUGUCUAUAAAAUUGAUAAUUUAAUAGAGAAAGAAGGACAUGAAGUUAUCCGACUACCCCCUUAUCAUUGCGAUUUGAACGCAAUCGAAUUUGUGUGGUCCUCUGUAAAAAGAAUAAUAAAGGAACGAAAUGUUACUGGCGAUUUAAGUUUGAACAAUCUGAAAUCUCUUCUUCAAACAGCUAUCACUGAAGUUACUUCGGCAGAAUGGGCAGCGCAUUGCAAAAACGUAGAAAAGCUUGAAAAUAAUUAUUGGGAGAAAGAUGGACUGUUAGAAGAUUUAGUGGACGAACUGUCAUUUCAAAUUGAUACCAAUGAUGAUUCUGAUUCAGAAGAAACCAAAACUUGUGAGAGUGAUUUCGAGGAUUUUGAAAUGCUUGAAUGA